GGGAGUCUAGCUGGCCGGCCCGAAGGAGUCAACAGCCUCCGCCCACUUGCACCCUCCUUCAGGAGCACGAGCACGAGCACGUCCACGACCAGCAAGAGCACCGACCUCGACAGAUGCGCUGCUCCGCAGCUGCCCCCUCGGCGGAAGCGCGCCGGCCCGGAAGACGCCAGAGCCCGGCCUGCCAACGGCAUGAUCGGCCAUCCGUGGGCGGAAGCUGUUUGCGAGGCGACUGACGGGCAACGCCCUGAUUCUGAAGCAUCUCGCAGCGUCGGAAGUCGCGGAGCGCACCAACCGUCCGAUGGCGCCUGCAGGACAAUCACCGGCAGCAGAUGCACGGUGUGCAGGCGGGGCCUGCGACCAGCGUCGGGGGAGGGAGCUCUGACAUCCAUGGCUCAUUCCGCAGGCCACGGCCGUGCCGUCGGAUCCGAGCAGGACUGCGCGGCUACCUCCAGCAGCAGCUUGCAGCUUGCGCCUUGCUGGGGACCAGCGCCGGCAGAUCGCACCGACUGCGACCGCUUCACCCGCAGGCCACGGCCGCGCCCUCGCUCCCGAGCCGACCAGUGCGGCACUCUUCGGCAGCGACCUCCGUAUUGGUGA